AUGAGUCAAUAUAAAUGAUUGCCAAGAUUCCAAAUAGAAAUUGAUAUAAUAUAAAGUAAAAGAAUAUCAUGAAAAGCAUAGAAAAUGUGAGGUCUGUAUCAUAAAAUUCUCCAACAUUAGAACUAUUACAAAGCAUCAAGAUCAAUUAAGCAAAAGAUCUUGUAAAUAUAUAAUAGUUAAUAAAAUAGGGUCCUUUUUAGGAUGUUAAGAUAAUAGCGAAGCCAGAUAAAAUAAGAAAAAGUAAUGUAAAGCUAGAUAAUAAUUAUAAAUAUUAAGAUUCAAUGGCUUCAAUUGCUUAUUCUAAACUUUUGAAAAUAUUAAACAUGAGAUAAAUUCUGAUUAAAUGA